GGCUUUCACUUGAUAUUCAGAGGCGUUUUUGUAUCCUGUUAACUCCUUGUCUGCCGGAAUAUUUUUUUACCCCAUAAUAAUCCCUCAAGGAAAGCCACCAUACACAAUCUAAACCCUGUCAAGUCCAUUUUGCCUACCCACAUCUAUCCUGGGGGCCUGUUAACACCAUUUUCUUUGUCUACACUGGCUGGCCUUUCCUUUUCAGCAUCACAAUGAAUAUCUUUAGGCUAUUAGCUGAUUUCUCACAUCUCACAUCCAUCUUUAUCCUUCUACAAAAGAUGAAGUCAUCAAGUAGCUGCUCUGGGCUAUCCUUUAAGUCACAGGCAUUGUAUCUCAUUGUCUUCCUGUCACGAUACCUCGAUUUAUUUUGGACAUUCACCGACUCAGCAUACAACACAAUGUUCAAAAUUCUCUUUAUUGGCUCUUCAGCCUACGUUAUCUAUCUUAUGGUCAAUGACUAUGAACCGACUCGUGACCCCAACAUCGACACGUUCAAGGUCCAGUAUCUUCUAGGCCUCAGUGCACUGCUGGCAAUUAUAUUUCCGCAUGACUACAGUAUCUCAGAGAUUCUUUGGACGUUCUCGAUCUGGCUCGAAUCCGUUGCUAUUCUACCUCAACUUUUCAUGUUACAGCGCACAGGAGAGGCUGACACUAUAACCACGCAUUAUCUUUUUGCAUUGGGUCUGUACCGAGCCCUAUAUAUACCUAAUUGGCUAUAUAGGUACUUCAUGGAAAGCUACUUUCAACCAAUUCCAGUUAUAGCAGGCAUAAUACAGACCCUGCUAUAUUCUGAUUUCUUCUAUAUUUAUUACACCAAGGUUUUGAAGGGGAAAAAGUUUUCACUUCCUGUUUAAGAAAGGAUAUUUGUUUUGUACAGAAGGGCUUCUCCAAAAAAGGCCAUACUUUGGUCUUAUGUAACUCUGUCCAUAGUAAGGCAGUCGACGCUACCAAUUAGCCAGCUAAUUGUAGUCAAAUACCUAAUUACGGAGAAUACUUGAAAAGGAUUAUCUCACAAUGCCAAUUUUUUUCCCCGAUAUGAGAACGUGUCUAUUUUCUAUGAACGCGGACCAGAUUUUCAGCUGUUUGUUGAAAGCUAGUGUGAUAUUAAUAGGAGAGAAUAGGAGGUAUCUUAUCAGCAAGAUCAGUUGAGAUGUGUUUUUUUAGAUAUGCAUAAUUGUUAUAAUACCUAGGUACUC